UUUAACAUGUGAUAAUAGCAGAUUUUUUGCUGUUUUACAACCAAUACCAGCAAUAUGGGGAACCAGUUGGUUGCUACUGCUCCAUCUCAAAUUUUGAGUGUGGAAAGUUACCUGGCUGAUGCUUCAGAAUUUACAUUCAACAAAAGCCUUGGAAGCACACGGUUUAUGAAAGUAGCGAGAGCAAAAUUCCAAGAAGGAAUGGCUGUUGUGAAGGUUUUUGUUAUCCCUGAUACAACGUUGGAUCUAAUGUCUUAUAGAACAGAGGUGGAAAAUAUCACGAUGAGACUUAAGCAGGCUUCAAAUUGUCUUCCUUUCCAACGCACGAUAACUACGGAUAAAUGUGCCAUGUUGAUUCGACAAUAUAUUAAACACAACUUGUAUGACAGAAUAAGCACUCGGCCAUUUUAUAAUAACAUCGAAAGAAAAUGGGUUGCUUUUCAAUUACUUUGUGCACUAAACCAAAUGGCAAAAUGCAAUAUCUGGCAUGGUGAUAUUAAGAGUGAAAAUGUACUGAUUACCAGUUGGAAUUGGCUUCUGUUAACUGAUUUUGCAAGCUAUAAACCCACAUACUUACCUGACAACAACCCAGCCGAUUUUAACUAUUUUUUCGACACUUCUCGACGAAGAACAUGUUACCUAGCACCUGAAAGAUUCACUGACAAUCAGACCACCCUCGCUUCAAGUGACCAUGAUAUUGCAGUUACACAUGCAAUGGACAUUUUCUCAACAGGAUGUGUUAUAGCAGAGCUGUUCACUGAUGGAACACCAUUAUUUGACCUGUCUCAACUGCUUGCAUACAGGGAAAAUAAGUUUGAACCAACUGCUGUGCUAAACAAAAUUGAUGAUGUAAAUGUCCGGGAAAUGGUUCGUCACAUGAUCCAGCCUAACCCAACAAACCGUCACAACGCGGAGAAAUACCUCACGGAAUGGAGAGAGAAGAUAUUUCCGGAUCAUUUCUAUACCUUUCUUAAGAUAUACCUGGGAAGAUUCUGUGAGACGCCGCUCUUUUCUGCUGAUCAAACCGUUUCUGGGUUGCACAAGGAUUUAGACAAGGUUCUGCAAAGUCUUGUUUACAAAGAGAAUGCGUCUGAUACACUGGUCAUACUCUCAUCACUGUUGCUGUCCUGUGUUCGCAAGUUAAAAUACUGCAAUUGUAAACUAAAAGCUCUGCAUGUCAUUGAAGAGUUUGCUAAGCAUCUCCCAUCCAGCGUUAUAUUGGAGCGAUUUAUUCCUUAUUUGAUGGAGUUUUUAAAGGACCAUGUGCCUAGGGUCCGAGCCAAAGCAAUACGGUCACUUGCUACUUGUUUAACUUUUGUUUCACAGAUCCCAAGGUCAGAAGCAAACAUAUUCAGUGAGUAUAUCCUGCCUGGUAUCAACACUUGUGCGCAAGACAGUGCCGUGCCAGUGCGGCAAGCAUUUGCUGAAACGAUCGCAAUAUUCGCAGAAAGAGCUCUUAAAUUUUUGGACAGUCCCCAGCAAGAUUUAAACACAUCAUACAUAUCGGCUGUGGGCAGUGACCAACCGAGUUACGACACCCAGCUUCAACUUCUGCGCGAUUUAACACAAAACAAAGUACAAGUAAUGUUAAGUGAUGUGGACAGCACAGUACGUGAGUGCCUGCUUGAAUACUCAGUAUCGCGUCUUUGUGCAUUUUUUGGUCGGCAAAAAGCAAAUGAAGUCCUUCUAAGUCACAUGAUUACUUUCUUAAACGACAAACAAGAUUGGCAGUUACGGUCUGCCUUCUUUAAAAGCUUAGUUUCAGUUGCAUCUUAUAUUGGCUGGCAGAGUGCUAAUUUUUUAAAACCACUGUUACAGCAGGGCAUGCGUGACCACCAAGAGUUUGUUGUUUCACAAACAACAACUGCGAUAUCAUCUCUUGUUGAGCUUGGUCUUCUACCCAAAAACAUGAUCUUCGAAUUGUUAAAAGAUACGGUUCCAUUUCUUGUCCACCCUUGUGAAUGGAUUCGUUUGAGCACGGUAUCAUUCGUGUGCUCAUGUGGCACUGCGCUUGAUACUAUAGACAUACACUGCUAUGUUAUACCACUGCUUAUGCCUUUCCUACAAUACCGUAUACUUCAAGUAGAUGAUCAACAGGUCCUGCUCAGCGCACUUAAACCUCCAAUUAAAUUCGCCGUGUAUGACUUGGUGUAUAACAUGCCUAAUGUUAAGAAUUUAUUUGAUGCUAUGAAAACCAAGCAGGAAAACCGGCUUCAAAACAAAGUCAGUUUUCUCUCCGAUCUUGACCCAAAAACAGAGAACAUGCUUCGGAAAUUAACUUUAAAAGAAAUCUCCAACCAUGAGGAAGACAUGAUAAUAAACUUGGAAGGUUUUAUCACAAAGCAGCAAAAGUAUAUCCUAGCAAACAGCUCUACAAGCACAGAGUGGCAUAAUGAAGACCGCAACGAUGGCAGCGUCAUAAACAUUUUAAGCCUCGGACCUAACUUUCUGCGACGUCAUGCUGAUAUGGCGAAAGAAUCAGACACAACCGUUACAGCAAGCAAAUCAAAUACAAAGAAAGCAAGCAGCAAGAAGAAAGUUGUUGAACAAAGUCAUGACAUGAAUGAGGAAUGGAGAACAAUGUUUGGUGCUGACAACUCCAAAGUUUUGCCUCCUGCUCAUGUUACGAACAAGAAAUCAAACUCUUCCAACCUCUCAAUUUCGAUGUCGCAGUUAGAAAGCGCUGCCCAACCAAUCUACCAGAUACCUGAAGCAAAACCUGGUGAUAUUCAGUUCAAAUACGCCUCAUGCCAGCUGGAUUUGCGUGCUUUAGUUCACCAUAAUAGGGACCUGUAUAAGUAUGACUUGAAUCAAAGGCAACUUGAGGAGCUUGCAGACACAACAAGCAGUUCGCCCAUCACAGACUGGAGGCCACGAGGAUUACUGGUUGCGCAUAUGCUUGAACACAGAGGGCCAAUACACCGUAUUGGUGUGAGUCCGUCAAACCAUCAUUUUGUCACUGUGUCUUCUGACAGGUCUAUAAGAUUAUGGGAAUCAGCAAAGUUGGAAGGCAAGUCAGUUGUAAACAGGUCACGAGCUUCAUGCCAGAGGUUUGGUGGUGCUGUUCGUUGUGUGACUUUCUCAGGGAAUGAACAAAUAGUUUGUUCCUCAGACGAUGGCUCCAUACAUCUCUUAUCUGUUGAAUCCAUGGGUACAAGAACCCCAUCUGAUAAACAAGACACUACCACCCCAACAAGCCCGAUAAUUUACACAUAUUCAGUGAACCACAGACAGAAUGGCAGAGUGACUGAUCUAAAGCCGAUAAUUAACUCCUCUGUUGUUGUAUUUACCUCUAGCUAUGGGAAUAUAACAGCUCUUGAUCUGAGAACAAGGACUCCUGCUUGGAAUUUAAAGCAUGAUCUUAGCAAUGGAGUGCCCACAACUUUUUGUGUGGAUCCUAAACAACAUUGGUUAUGUGUUGGCACAGCAAGGGGGGUACAUAUAUGCUGGGAUUUGCGGUUUCAGCUUCCCAUAACUAAGUUUUCACAUCCAUCCAUGGCAGGGGUACGUAGGGUCAUGACCCAUCCAACCAGAACAUCAAAUAUUGUGUCCGUUGUUACCGGCAACAACGAAGUCAGUGUGUGGGAUAUUGAAACAGGGACAAGACAAACAACGUUAUGGGGAAGUACUGCCCCUCCUUUGUCACAAACCCAAAAAACAGCGGAUUCUGUAAAUGGAAUUCAUGCUUCUAUUGGAAAUGCAGGCGUUUGUAUGUACACUGGGGGCACCGAUUGUAAAAUAAGACUAUGGGACCUUCUGAAUGCGGAAAAUUCCCGUAUUAUAAGUGGACCUGAGCUAUCGAACAACCGAAGCUUGUAUAAUGUGACAUAUCAAACACGACUUGUAGAUGGCACACACAUUAUACAAGAGCAGUUAUCUAAACUUAGACGUGAUGAAGAAACUCAGGCUGAGCAAGAACAAUUGUUGGGGGAACAAAAACGCUCCAAAAUCAGUGAGCAUGUUGUACCAUCACAUCACUUUGAUGUUAUAACUGAUCUUGCUAUUUUAAACGUUAAUCAAAACUUCUUGGUGUCCACCUCCAGAGAUGGAGUCGUUAAAAUUUGGAAAUAAAUUUCUAUAACACUUUUGGUUAAAUUAUUUUUUCCUUGUUUAAGACUUGAAACUCAGACUUACCAAGAAUUUAUAUAUCCUAUUAUAUAUACACAUUUGAAAUUUGGCUGUAGCAUAAAUAAGGUAUGGCUUGCUUAGUGUGAGUUUCAAGUCUACUGUUCCAUGCUUGAGGUUAAUUUACACACCUUCAAUAGUUAAUAUUAUGUUAAUAUGUAUGCACCAAUGUGCCAAUUAUAUCCACAUGGUAUUGCUAUUAAUAUAUGUCCUCUGCUUUGGUAAAGCGCUUUUUAUUAUUAUAAUUAUCAACCAAUUACUGUUAAAAUUGAUAAUCUCUUGUCUUGCCUCUAGGCGAAAUGAAUUAGCUGUCAACAUAGACAUUCGUUUUCAUGUGCAAUAUCUUUGUAGAAAAUUACCAAAUUAAACUGUGUGCUGUCAGUUGUCAAACAUUGCUUUGCAAAGAUAUGCUAUUGGGCAUAAGAAGGGGGUACAUUGCAGUUAAUCUUUUACAAGUGUGAAAUAAUAUACAAUACCCCGUUCUUAUAGGCUACCUUUAUUCUCUCCGUAUGAAUAUAUUUGAAUUACUAUGUCAUGUGUGCUUAUUCUGUUUUAUUCUUUUCAGUCAUUUAAUUCUGGCCUUUGUUCGAAAGAGUUUCUAAAGUUUUAAAUGUUUGUAUUUCCACUUUGAAGCAAAUAAGAGUUUAUUCCAUUUUGUAA